AUGGCGUCCGUCACAAGAUCCAGCCUUACACACGGCUUUGCGCGAAGCGCCCGUCAAGCCUUUGGCUCCAGCAGCAAGAGGUGGCUUGCUUCGGCCCCUGCCACGGAGGCAGUCGCCACUUCUGGUGUCUCAGGUGCUGCUUCAGCAACAAAGAGUACCUCUUCUGAGUCAUCUCUACGGGCAGCUCUUCCGUCAGCUUCUGCUACAGCACCAUCUGCAGCACCUUCUUCGUCAUCUAGCACUACACGUCUAGCUCACACGCCCGUCGAGAUAGGCCCGACUCAGCUCAAUCGUCUGAGCGAGCACUACAACCGUACGCUUUCUCCGCUGCUUCUCUACAUGACCUACGACCCUCAAAAUCUGAAUCCUUCGAGUGACGAAGCUCUUCGAGCAAAAGAUCUGGAGCAUGGCGGGGUGACAUCCACAGCAUCGAGAGGCUGGGAUCCCGCUUCACCUUACACGCUACACAGGCCGCAAAGAUCUCCCAGAGGUAAUCGAAGACUGGCACCCGCUCAAAAACCUCCAUCAGCAUACGACGCAUCCCAAGACCUUCCUCGCAUCGAGAGGUUACAUUUCUCCGUCUUCGUCAAAGACUCGGUGAGCAACAAACAACUUUUGGUACCAGUCAUUGCUCAGCUUAGAGCUAUUACGGGAGCAAGGGUACUGGGAAGCUUGGCCGACAAGGGCAUCAAUUUAGAGCAUUCAGGCGGCAAAGGCUACAUCAGGGUCGUCAAGAGCUCGAGCAGGGCUGCUAGUUUCAGGGUCAGACCAGGCAUGCCGGUAGGCGUCACUGCGGUCUUGCCCGCUCCCGUAGCUCUCGAAGUCAUUGAUCAAGUUAGUUCACGUCCGCUUUCCGCACGUCUCAUGCUAUCCAUCGUCCGACUGACCCGGUCUCGGCUGCCCCUAUGCUCAGCUGUCCACCUUCGUCCUACCUCGAGUGCGGACGUUUUCUGGAUACGCUCUACCACCCGCUUCGGCUCCUGCGCGUUCUCCGGCCGCUCAAUCCGGCGUCGUCUCGUUGGGCUUGACGCCCGAAGCAAUGCGACUCUGGCCAGGCACAGAGGUCAACUGGGACGCUUACUCUGGCAAAGGUCUCGGUGCUCAGGUGAGUCUUGUUCUUCAUUGCGCACUUUCCCACACAGUCCUGACCCGUCCUCGAUCUGCACUGUUCGGUUAUGGCUGCUUGCCGUCUUGCUCCCUCCACACUUGCAGAUCGACAUUGUCACCAAUCUGAGAGGCCCGCACGCCACCGAGAAGGCCCGUCUCCUACUCAGCGGACUCGGUAUACCUUUCUUGCGGCGUGGAGACAUCAGAACUUGA